AGUGUACACUCUACACCUACCUAGUCAACCUCGAUGUUCUCUUUGUCACUCUCAUUCAUUUCUAUUUUGGUUUCCGUGAGAGUGAGACGUGAGACGUCGACAGUGGUGUUAUUUUCGUUGCCGUGAUCAAUGGCUUCCGCUAUCGUUACUGUACUGAGACCAUCUUCUUCCUCCAAUUCAUUUUCCCGCCAAAAAACAGUUAUUCCGACACCAGCAUUCAACUCCCGUUCAUCGUCAUCUUUCUCUACACAAAUCAAAUUAAAAACCCAUCCCUUUGGAAUCGAUGUACGGCAGUCAGAGUCCAAACGCAGUUCAAUUGCAACGGCGAUCGGAGGGAAGUUGAAUCUGAGCUUCCCACUGAUUUCUCCCAACGACCAAUGGGGAAACUGGACCGCUCUAUUCGCCGCCGCAGCUUUUGGAAUCUGGUCAGAGAAAACGGAAAUUGGGAAGACGGUGAGCGGAGCUAUAGUGAGUAUUUUGGUGUGUCUUGCUGCUAGUAAUUUGGGGAUUCUUUCAGUUGAAGCUCCUGCUUAUGGUUUGGUUUUGAAGUUUCUUCUACCUCUUGCUAUUCCUUUGCUUCUCUUUAGGGCUGAUCUCCGCCGUGUUAUUAGCUCCACCGGCGCGCUUCUUUUUCCUUUCUUAAUUGGUUCAGUUGCAACUACAAUUGGGACAGUAGUAGCAUACCUACUUGUUCCAAUGCGAUCGCUUGGUCAGGAUAGUUGGAAGAUAGCAGCUGCUCUCAUGGGUAGACAUAUUGGUGGAGCUGUCAAUUAUGUUGCUGUAUCUGACGCUCUUGGUGUUUCCCCUUCAACUUUGGCUGCUGGCUUAGCUGCAGAUAAUAUUAUUUGUGCAGUGUAUUUUUCAACAUUGUUUUUAUUGGCCUCUAAAGUACCUCCAGAAGCCUCAACAUCAGAAAAUGAUGAUGCAAUGUCUACCAUGUCUCAGUCCGGUGACAAACUUCCAAUGCUACAAAUGGUUACCUCUCUUGCUGUGUCCUUUGCCAUGUGCAAGGCUGCAAAUAUUCUUACAGCGUAUUUUGGAAUCCAAGGGGGUAAUCUGCCAGUGGUAACAGCAAUUGCUGUAAUAUUUGCAACUGUUUUUCCCAAACCAUUUGCUUCUCUUGCACCCUCUGGUGAAGCCAUGGCCGUGAUUCUCAUACAGGUAUUCUUUGGGGUGAUAGGUGCAAGUGGGAGCAUAAGGAGUGUGAUGAACACAGCACCAAGUAUUUUUCUAUUUUCUUUUGUUCAGAUAUCUAUUCAUCUUGCUGUCAUACUUGGAUUGGGAAGACUUUUUCGCAUUGACUUGAAGUUGUUGCUCAUAGCAUCAAAUGCUAAUGUUGGAGGCCCAACAACAGCAUGUGGAAUGGCAACUGCAAAAGGGUGGAACUCCCUCGUUGUGCCUGGAAUUCUUGCUGGUAUAUUUGGAAUCGCCAUUGCUACUUUUCUCGGCAUUGGAUUUGGUGUAACAGUCUUGAAACACAUGUAAAAAUCACAUGUUCUUUAUAUGCAAACAAUCUAUGUACUCUAAAGAUCGGUUCCCGUUCUAGCUUUAGACAAGUUUGAAACGAAGAGUACAAAUUUGAGAAUAAUAUUAGACUAGAUUGCCUUGAAACCAGUUUUUUUGAAGGGGAUACUUAUUAACUACAAAAAUUCAUCAACUAACCGCUACUAGCUGCAGCACAAAAUAUCAAAGGUUCUGAAAGCCAAAUUGAAUUUUUAUCUGCUAUAAGGAUUAAUUCUCAGAUUAAUAGUGGAAUCAUAUCAAAUUAGAAUUCUGUAUCUCCUCCUCUUCAUUGUGUAUAAUUUAAUAGUUGACAUUCUUAUAGUAUUUUGUUUGCUGACUCUCAGUUUAAGUGUUUUCAUCGUUGUGGAUUAUCAUGACAUACAUUCACAUUAUUA